UGUGUGUGUGUGUGUGUGUGUGUGUGUGUGUGUGUGUGUGUGUAUGUAGCAGGAGCAGGUGCUAAAAAGUUUAUAUUGCAGAACAACAGAAAGUACAAGGAUCCAUCCCCAAAUGAAACAUCCUCACACAGUUUAAUGUAAUUUGGAGCACUGCUGCUCAACUUUUUGAAUAUGCAAAGUGUUGACUGUGGAAAAAAUAACAAGUAUAACAUGAAGUUCAGUAUUGUCCUACUUUGUACAAAGGAACUGCAGAAGCUGCCCACAGCUACAAAACAUGAAGAAAAGAAAUUGUGAAUGAUGGUGAGGCAACUCCAAAAAGAUCUAAGAGAACGAAUAAACUAACAAAUGUAUUCUUUAAUAAAUAUCUGGGAAAACACUUUGGCUUUGUGAAAUGUAUUUAACAAUUCCAUGUCAAGUUAUACUUCGAUUAACAUGUGUUGGCUCAUGAAAUGUUCUGUUUCCUGUUAGUAAAACAAGGUUAGCGGAGUACUAAGGAGAUUGGCUGUUCCAUAAAGUUAGAGAGUUUGGAAAAGAUCGUUUAAAACAAAAAUGAUCGCAAUGACAGCAGCAGAAGCAGAAAAAUCUUGAAUUUUAGUCCGUAGUUUGCAUCAAACUUCAAAAACCCUGGACCCUACAAUUCCCAUGAUGCAAUGUGAUAGUAUCUAUACUACCCUGCUGUAUACGGCCUGUCUGUAUUAAAAGCCCUCAUCUGUCAAGCUUAAGACUUGGUGUGUGAUGCAGUUCCUCCAGACCCACAGAAGACAUAAUGCAAGUCUUAUGAACGUCCACAUGGAGCCAGUUAAAUUUGUAAAUACAUCUUUCUCUCAGUUUGAGCUUUCUGUUCGGACUAAAAUGUUUCUUUUCCCUCGCCAUAACAGAGCUUUUCCAAAACUAGAGAGGGUCCACCAGGGCUGUGUGUUAUAGUGUCGGUGAAGUUAAGAAGACACCAUUUAUCUGUUUUCAUGUUGUUUGGGUGUUUCUCUGUGGACACGGCUCUACGAAAAAUCUGGAAAUGCUAAUGUGGAUGCAAAUUAGUAGUCUAAAUUGUAUUACUCAUCAAUUAUAUUCAUUGUCAUGUAAAGUCUGUCUUAGUCCUCUUUCAGCUGCAGAUUUGGCAGCUUGGCAGGACUAACCACAUUGCACAAGGGGCAGUGGGGGGCCCGGCAGCAAGAUUUUACCCUGGGACUUUCUAAUAGGUUAAUGCAGCCGUGGUUUCUCUCCACAGAAGUAGAGAAAAAUCAAUCACAGUUCGUUGUAAUUAGGAGUCUGCAAAACUUAAACUGUAUAUCAACAGGUGGUCAUUACUGCCUGUAACUAAAUGAGCUGUGCUGGGGUGGAAAAGUGAGACAGCCAAUCAUCUGGCUUGUUUUCUUCCGUUUGGGAUUUUAUGUUUGAGUGUGUGUGUGUGUGUUGGUGCCAUUGUAGAAAAAUGCACAGUUCAGCAUUUCCUGGAAAGACAGAAAGGAGGACAUGAAAUGAGAGCAGUAAAGGCAGAUGACGCUGUUCAUCGAUGUAUGGAAACACACAACAUGUGGUGUGUGUAUCCCACAGCCUGCCCUUCCCUCAGACACUUUAUAAAGGUCAUUAUAGUACUGAUAGUGUUGUUAUUAUCGCCUGUUGUGACAGAGGCGGGUUUAGGAUCGGGGCACGCGGUGAUUGGACGUGAUGACCCCCCUCUGUGUCACGGUGCUUCCGUUUUGUGCGUACGCGCAGGCGCAGCGACCCCUCUCUUCUGAUAUUUUAUUUACUCCCGAAACCCAAGAUGGCUCCUGUGAAUGUCUCGGUCCCAUAGCAAAUUGAGGAUGCAAGUAGCUGCCGAAAAAACAACUUUUCCCCGACCGUCGCAUCCCCUGGAGUUCAAUUCUUAUGGUGCGGAGGAGGCCCUGACAUCCGUCUAGGCACUGAGCAGCCGUCGGAGCUUCGCGAAACCUUCUUCAAUCCACCAAUUUGGAGUAGUUUCGCGAAGUAGCUCUUCUCCUCGCUGUCGCUGUCUGUCCGGAGCGAGGUUCAGACAGGCAGGCAGCUCAUCCAAAUGGCCGAACCGAGAAAAGUGCAAUUUGUCACCCUCUCGGCCUUCGCAGCUGGAGCAGCCGCGGAGUCUAGGAAACGCCGGCUGGAGGAUGGGGCCGACUUCAACUUCGUUAGAGCCGGGGAGGUCGAGGCAGCGACCGGGGCAGGAGGUGCUGCCAGCGACGAACGCCUCGGCAAAACCGGCGACAGGGACAAGGCUGGAGCCGAGAAGAGGGCGACAGUGCGGCUCAACCUGUCCCUAUCCGAGCCCGAUGACCGCUCCUCCGUCGAGUUUAAUUACGGCGAACUCAUCCAAAACCUCCAGGCAAAGAAUAAACCUCAAAGUGUGACUCCAGCCCAUAAUCCCGAUGACCCCUUCAACGACGAUGAGAGAGAGCGGCUCCAGGUUGAGGCUCUGGCAAAAAAGUUUGAAAAUAAAUAUGGUAACGUGGGGAAGAAGAAGAGGAAGGACAGAAUGCAAGAUUUGAUCGAUAUAGGCUUUGGCUACGACGAGACGGAUCCCUUUAUCGACAACUCAGAAGCUUUUCCUGUCUUCCAUUGUUAUUUUUCUCAGUAUGAUGAGCUGGUGCCAGCGUCUUUGACCACAAAGCUGGGGGGAUUUUACAUCAACACGGGCACGCUGCAGUUCAGAGCGGCCUCCGACUCGGAGGGAGAGGGGGAUAAGAAGCCAAAUGACAACAAGGAGCAGGUGAUUAAGAAGAGGAAAAAGAAGGAAGUGAACAAUCUGGAGGAGAAGAACCUGAAGAAGAACCGAGUACCUAAGCAAGGAGUGACGGCUCUCAGCCUCCACCGGCCGGAGAAGAAGAAGAGGAAGAAGCUGAUGAAGGACUCGCUGUACCUGGCGGCCAUGCUACGCCGCUUCACCCGGGAGAAGGACGAAAUAAAGAAAAGGAACCCGAACAUGGCUCACCCCGGCCUGACAGGAGGUGUGGCUAACAAGCUUCACUCCACCAACUCAACGAACCACCUGGUAGCCUCUAACUCCACCCAUCUGCAGGGCAACACGGCCAGCAACGACCUCUCACUGGCAGACCUCACCUCGGACCCCGCUGUGAUGUCACUGCUGGGCUCCGCCAACGAGAAGGAGCUGCAGGAUCUCCUCGGUGACCUGGACUUUAGCUUGUUGGACUCUGACCAGCAGCACGUGAUGGUGGCAGCACGGGAGAAUGGCAUUCUGGGAGUCGGCGUUCCGUCUCAUAAAGCAGCAGCAGCAGCAGCAGGAGGAGGAGGAGGAGGAGGAGGUGCCCAAGGGCGAGGCCUGGGGUCUUCCAGUGGACUAUUUUCUCCGCCCCCGCUGCCUGAUGGACUGCCUGCUCCUCUUAUUAAACGCAUCGAGGACCUGCGGGCGGCCUCGCGGCAGUUUGAUCAAGAGGGCAGGAAGAAAUUUUUCACCUUGGACAUGAAUAACAUUCUCCUGGAUAUCGAGCUGCAGGCCCAGGAGCAACCUCCUGGGGUGCGAUCAGACAUCUACUCGCACAUGGAGGCAUUCGUGCCGUGCAACAAAGAAGCCCUCCUCAAACGGCUGAAGAAGCUCAGUCUCAACAUCCAGGACGAUCGACUACGAACGCCACUGUUGAAGCUGAAGCUGGCGGUGUGCAGUGUAAUGCCAGAGCAGAUAGCCAGAUACAACAUGGACUGCAUGGCCAAGGUUGCAAAGCAGCAGUCAGAAGAGGGUGAUAAGAACGGCUCCGAGGAGGAAGAUGAGGAAAAACCUGGGAAAAGGGUGAUGGGCCCACGUAAGAAGUUUGUCUGGGAUGACAAGCUCAGGAACCUGCUGUGCAGCUUAGUGCGAGUGAAGCUGAGCUGCUAUGAGAUGGAGAACCAGUGCUCUCUGUCUGUGGAGGACUACCUCAAGGCCUUCUUAGAGAAUGAGGUCAAGCCACUAUGGCCCAAGGGCUGGAUGCAGGCCAGGAUUUUGUUGAAGGAGAGUCUUUCCGUUCACAGUCACCUCACUGGAAACCUAGUCAAGAGGAGAAUGGUGCCUGGGCCCAAGGCCAAAGCCAAGGAGGGUCUCUGGAUCCACAAACCACCUCUCACGAUGACCUCCACACCGUCUUUGCCGACCUCCACGUCUGCUCUAUCCUCCAACCGUCAGCCCAUCUCCUCUUCCUCGCCCUCGGAGCCCAUCUGUCUGUCGGAUUCUCUGGAUGAGGAUCUGACUGCUCCCUCUCUGGACUCUAUCUCUCACGCUCUGGCCCUCCUCAGCAAUGCAUCCAAGGGCUUGGGCCCCUCAGACAGCCCCUUGUCUCCCCCACCCCUACAAAUCCCCACCUCCUCUCCUCCCCCCGUCACCCCUCACUACCCCUCAGCCUCUCAGCUCUCUGCCUCGGUUGCAUCCACAACGCAGCAACAUUCCCUGUCUAAGGUGGAGACCGCUCAGCUGGCAGGCGUGACUGCCGGGAACUUGAUAACAACAACGCUACCAACCUCCUCUUCUACCUCCUCUUCCUCGUCUCCCAUCGUCGCCUCCAUGGCUCGUGUGCAGGCUGCAGGCCUGUCGCUGGCCUCCAGGACUGCAAAUGGUCCCUAUGGCCUGAUCAAAGGAUCUGGCACAAUGGGCCAAACCCAGACUCAGAGACUUGUUACUAUGGCAUCAUCCAAUCACAGGCCAAGCUUGGUGAUGGGCGGGAGUGGUAAGAUGCAUCCACAUCCCUCCCCGUCACCUCCGAAGCAGCGGCCUCCUCCCACGGCUUCCCCUCUGCUGCCCCCCCAUCAGAAGAGCUUUGUUAGCCCGGUGGGGAUGCUGGGAACUUUGGGAGCCCCUCAAGGACUGACCAAGAGCAGUGCCAAAGUCAGUGGCAUCAGCAGCAAUGGCAGUGCCGUGAGCAACAGCAUCACACCUUCUUCCUCAUCGGCCUCACAGUCCCGCUCUAUCUCUACCACCCACCCCGGCAUGCAGUCCUUUUGCCCUCCCUCCCCGGUGGCCUCCUCGCCGUCCCCCACCUCCCAUACCUCACACUCCUCUCAAGGUAAAUCCCACACACACCACCACCACCAGCCCAACUUUAUCACACCCAUGCAGGCCACCCUCACCAAGUCCUCCCACAGCAGCAACUCCUCUCCCAUCAUCAAGCUCACCCCUCGGCCUCCUGCGCCCACCCCACCUCCGUCCUCCUCCCCUUCCCCGUCAUCCUCGCCCUCACACCCGCUCUCCCAUCAGAUGAUCUCCAGCCAACAGCAGCAACACCAGUACUCCUCCAAAACUUUUCGACCUCCGUUCAGUGUAUCGGGCGGCGGACAGGUGAAACAGACGCAGGGCAGCAGCAGCAGCUUCGCAGGAGGCCAGAAAACUCAGUCCACCACAAGCAACAGUAGCAUCAUCAUCAACAACUCAACCAACAACAAGGGAGUGGUAUCAGCUGUCUGCAGUCACCCAGACAAAACUCCCUCGUCAUCUGCACCUUCAGUCUCAGCCAAUCACGGGCAGAGGCAGCGGAUGGUGGGUGGGGCAAACCAGAGCUCAAAGGCAGGAAACGGUUGGGCGGCUUCAGGAACUUUGGCCACGUCCUCCACAACGUCACACCUCUCACAGGUAUCAACAGCAGGCACCUCCCUCCUGGGCAGCCCCUCCGCUCUCCCCCUGGGCUUUGGUAUGUUAGGAGGCCUGGUGCCUGUCUCGCUGCCCUUCCAGUUCCCCCCACUGCUCAGUUUUAGCCCCCCUGGAGCCCCAGGAGCCGCUGGCAUGGGCUCAGCCCCCAGCUCCAACUCAGGAUACCCCCUAGCACAGAGCGACCUAAUGGAUCUGUACAAGAGUCUCCAGUCAGGGUCGCAGGCUGCCCUACCUCCUCACUUGCAGCUUGCUUUCUCAGAUGCGAACCAAAGCCAGGGUGGAGACAUGAAGAGGAAAUCCCACUGACCAAUAACAGCGAGGUGACACAACACAGCCUCCUGGACACAUCCACCAAUAGGAAUCUUCACUUUGAUUGACUGACACAGUGAUGUGGUAUAAGCGGGCAGGGCUUCACUGCCUCUUUUAAAAAGAAAACAACAAAAAAAAAAUGGACCUAAAGGAGAAUCUGUUUUUCCUCGCUACGAGUGGCAAUGAUGAAUUACUUUAACUGUAUUUUCUAAUGAACCGGGUAUGAGAACAAGACGGAGUGAAUGACGAGAAAACUUAUUUUUUGUUCAGCUUAUUUUUAUUUUUGUCAACAUGUUUACAUAUGACCGACCUUGAUCACUGUGGAUUGAGUGUGAGCGAGGUAGUGGUACAGAUGAGAGUAGUAGUAUGCUACGUAAUAUAAUUUGUAUUUAAGCUUAUGUGGAAUAACAGGACUCUUCUUGUUCUUGCAGUACAAAAAGAAAAAAGAAAAACAGACUGAGUAAUGAAUUUUUUUAUUUUUCUGUCUUUUGUCUCAGAUGUGGGAAUCGUCGUGUCUGUAGAAAUUUUAUUGUUGGUCACCUCUGCUCCCACAAAUGACUGUUAAGUAGUAGCUUAAAUUAAUAUUGAUAAAUUAUUUGUAAUUUACACAGGGACAAAAACAUGUUAUGAUGUGUGUGUGUGUGUGUGCGUGAGAGAGAGUGAGUGAGAGACAGAGUGUAAGAGCGAGCGAGUGUGGCGAGGCUGAUUUUGAAUGUGUAUGUACCUAAAGGAAAAAAAACAAACAAAAAAAAAACACAAUAUACUGUUAAUUCCUUUCCAGAAUAUUCUGUAUGAAUGGAUAAGGACGUGUAUCCCCUUUUCACAAUAAUGAACGUAAGUUUGAUGCCCCUCUCUUGCUCAGUGUGUUUUUGGUGCUGUUUAAUCACACUGGACCUUUUCUGGAAAAAAGACUUGAAUUGAAAAAGUUUUGGGCUCCUCUUCUGGAGAGAGGAGCCGCCUGUGAGAGAGGGGAGAAACGUCAAGAUUGUAGCCUACUUGAAUUUGAGUUUUUUUUUUUUUCUGAGUUAAGAUUUUUUUUUUUUAUUUACUUUAUCUGCUUAUUGACUCGAACCAACUUAAUAUAACACAACGCCUUAGUUUAUAUUGAAAACGUAUGAAAAAGAUCUAUGCAGGACUGUAAAACGCUCAAUGCAAAAGUGCAAGUCGUCGCUUGGCUUUCAACCUCUACUCAACUUGUCAGUGCAUUUCUGGAGUUGUGAAUGUUUGUAGAUGUUAUUCUGUCACUUGAGACUCCUUUUUUCUUUUACCAGUGUGUGUUCAGACGGAGCGUAAAGCGAAUUUUUAAGACACUAAGUGGUUGCAUGCAAAGACAAUGGAAAGACUCCAUUAGAUGCAAGUUCACGCACAAAUGGACAAGAGUUGGAAAUGAUUCGAUGUAAGCGAAAAAAAAGUCAAGUUUGAGAAAUGAAUUCAACCGUAAUUAGGAGAGUUUUGAGUUCGAGAUGUCAGAAUGGUCUGACGUUGUCAGUGUCAGACCAUUCUGACAUCUCCCACUCAAAUCCAGUAUCACUAAUCUGGUUGAUUCAGUUCAUGUAAAAGUAGUUACACUGUUAUGCUACAGAUGCAUAAACACAACAAAAUAAGCUAAUGUAGGCUUUUUAUUUGCUGUAGCUGUACAGCAUAUAUAUGCCAGUGGGGUUGGAAUAAUCCAUGAACAUGCGUGAAGUCGGAAUAACGGGUGUUUUUUUUCUGUUCUUCCCUUUCUGCUGAUGUGCCGUGAAUGCAGCACCCAGAGCUUUAUGAAUCUACUUAAUAAAGAGACGUGAAGAAAAAGGAGACUUGAUAAAAAGAAACCAGAGUUCCUGCGAAUAGCUAAUGUCUGUACAUUGGUUGUUUGGGGCUAAUAAACACAAACAUGAGGGUAAAAUUCACUUGGCUGUCUGUCUGAACACACCUUUAGAGAAACCUUCCCUCUGCUGAAUACCUCCGUUAACAAAACUGUUCUUCCUGAGUCUCUGGCUGUCCUCCCCCAACUAGUUCCCCGACCUCCUCCAUGUGUGUCUGGCUGACCGGCAGCACCGAGAACGGCGCCAAAGAUUGUUUCUGUAGCUUCACAUGUAUUAGAAGGGGUGUUGCUGGUCAGUGUGUGUGUGAGACUGUGUGUGUGACUGUGUGUGUGAGAUUAUUCUGACAUUUUCUCAAAAAUGUAAAACCCAUGAGUGUCAACGUGUGGUUGUUCAGGGUGUCAUUGUGAAGUCAUGUGACUGGAGCAGUGGGUGACAUCUUAUAAAUUGUGCUUUCUUUUGGGGGUGGGGGAGGAUAAAAAUGACAUUUCGUGGUUAACUGGUUACUUAAUUUGGUCUUUUGUAGAUUAUUUUUGUGUGUCAAUUAUGAAAUUAAACAAAACAGGUGGUUUUCAUGA